UAAAUGGAGCCCCAGUAUCAAUGGGUCCGUUCGAUGGGACGCUUUAGAUGUGACCCGCGGUUUUUCUCAAAAUAAAAACAGUUGUUUUUGUCUUUUUCUCGGAAAGCUCGGAAAGUUUUUUACGGAUUAAAAUUAAAACCAACACUUGGCGUUAGCACAGCUCACAGCGUCACAGCACAACUUUGACACUAGGAUAGAAAGAGAGAGCGAGGGCGAGGCUUAUGUUCUUGCAUAUAACCCACACUGCACAUUGAGUGUUUUGGUUGUUUUGUUAGCCGGGUACGCAUCCCUAGUGACAUUUUGACAGCACCCUUACAGCUUACAGUUUACAGCUUACAGCAGUGUGGUGACAGAAGGACUUCUUGGUUCUUGGAUUUUGUUGCUGCAAUUGAGUGUGUGUGUGUGUGUUAGUGAGUGUAUAUAGGAAAGUUUUUUUGUUUCUCUUCGUUUGUCACCUCCCUCUCUUAUAGUGGGAUUAUAAAACUCGUUCGUGUGAGUGCGUGGCGUGUUGCCUUUGCUUGGCCACUUUGUGUAUGCAUUGCACAGCAGAGCACAGCACAGAACAACGGGAACGACACUCGGCUGGCUAUGUAGUGCUAGUGCGGUGUAUAGUGGUGUCGUUCGUUCAUAGCUUUCGGUUUGUCAUUGGCGUCGUCGUUGGCGUUGUGUCUCCGAUCCGAUCUCCGUUCUCCGUUCUUCGUUCUCGUCGUCAUCUCUACUACGUCGUUAUGUCGUCGUUGUCGUCGUCGGUGUCGGUGUUGUCGCCAUCUCGUGCUGUCGUCCUCUCUUUGACAUUAUAUACCUCAGCGUUGUGUAUAUAGAAUUUCAGUUAUAUUCUUUGAUUUUUUCUUUUUUUGAAUUUUUGUCAUCGUCGAGUGUCAUUGGUCGAGUAAGUGAAAUAAAAAUAAAAGAGAAUUCAAAGGAAUCACAAAAAAAAGAAGAAAAAUACAAGAGAGAAAAUAAAGUGCAAUCGAGUAAAGUACAUGGAACGGUUGCGAGUUGCGACUUUGGAGGACUGUGUCGCGUAAUUUGGCAUCUGUUGGACUCGUUUAGUGACAACAGCACAGCAGCACCUACGUCCAGUUUAGUCGACUCGACGCGAAGUCGCGCGACAUUUUUGCUACAGCACCGUUUUCUGCAUCUGGAUUAACUGUAUUUAGGUAUUGUGAAAAAGAAUUUCUUGCGGAAACGGAAAUUUACAUUUUUCAAUCUUCCUUUUGACAAGUUUUCGUUGCUAAAGUUCCAAUUGGAUUUUUAUUUUUUUAUGUUAGGACUAAUUAUUAUCCCUGACUUCCAGUUAAACGCCAUUUUGUCUUUUUGAGAAAAAUACUUGAAUACCUAUAAAAAUUUAAAAAAAAAGUGAUUAGCUCUCCACCAAACUAUAACCAUAACCGUGUCUUGGGCGUGUGUGUAUUUUUUAAUAUUUCUUUUUAUUUCGGUGGACGGAUAUUAAGGGUUAAUUAUUUCGUUUUUGUGUAUUUUUUUUUAAAUGGUUCUUGAAUCGCGUGGGAGUUGAAAUAAGAAAAUAGUUGGCAUGAAUGUGUAAUUACGCUACUUUAACGACGAUUAUGCAGUUUAAUUGUAACGCGGAAGAGGCGGAUCGAAUCGUGUAUAAUUGAUGUUUAAAAGUAAAUAAGCAAUAAGAGUUUCUAAAUUAAAAAUACCCAUACAAAAAAAGGAGUUAAUAUACUAUACCCUGCAGUUACCCUAAAUAUAGGUACCUUUAGUCUACGAUAAGUUGUGUACCUAAAGGAUAUCAAAACCCGAGUGAGGCUGAAUUAGAGAAGAAAAAAAAAAGUGGAAUAUUUUAAAACCAACCUUCUUACAGAGUUAAAGUUGGAUUUUUUAGACGUGGGAGUUUUUGUUUCCUUUGGUCAAUACAAGAAGGAAGUGUGCGAAAUUAAAAUUAGUUGUCUGUGAUUUUUUGUAUUAGGUAUUUGAAACAUAAAAAAUAAAUAAUAUAAUUGAAAGAGAAAUAAAUUUAAAAAAAGUUGCAAAAAGAUAAAAGGAAAAACUUUUAACAAACGGAUUUUAUCUAACGACCUACAAACUGCUCAGCUCAUUAUCUGCAUAUAGUCCUGUAACGGAUGGUUUCUUUGGAACUGCCUUUUUUUGGAUAAUCGGUUAUUGACUUGAACCAUCGCACACGUUAAGGAAAUGAUGACAUCCAUGCUGGUGAAAAAUUCCAUUGAAUGUCUUAAUGAGCGUUAAUCAGGAUCACAGCAGCGGACACAGAGGGAGUAGCAGCGAAAGCAGCGUUACCAACGACUAUCCUCGCAAUCCGGAGCAGCUGGCUGCCAGACAAAUGGUGAUGUCACCCAGCCGUAGGCCAUCGCCACCCAGAGCAGCAACACACCCAAUGAACAUGCAUUUGAGUUCGUUGGCUCAUGCACAGAUGCAGUUUCAAUCGCACUUGCAUCAAAAACUGGCCGCAGGCCUACCACCGAACCAUCUUAACAAUUACUUCCGAAAUCCACCGCCUCCGCCGCCACCGCCUCCUUCAAACCAGUCGGGAAAUUCCAACUCUCAAGGCGGUGGCAAUCCCGGCACCAAUCCCCUAAGUCAUCUGCAGAACAUGCAGCCGUUUGAUUUUCGGAAAAUCAAUACGGCUGCACUUGGAGCCUUUCCGCCAGCAAUGAUGCAUGCAGGAGCUCGCAUGAGCCCCGAAAUGGCAGCACAACAGCAACAUCAGCAUCAUCUGCAGCAACAGGCACUCGCUCAAGCUCGCAGGCGAAUGUCCGAAGAGAAGAAUGCCUCAAAUCAGUCCUUAUUCAAUGCGAUGGCAAUGUCCGGGCAUCACUUACCGUUUCAUUUGCCACCUCCACCGCCACCACAGUCAUCAUCGGCAGGAGGUGGACUUACAAACAAUCAGGUUGCGGCGAUUGCAGCGGCAGCUGCUGCCUCGGGCAAUCCAAUGCCACACAGCCUGCUAGCCUCGCACUUUCCGGCGAUUGGUUUGCAGCGCAACAAGUCGCCCGAGAGCAAAAAGGAGAAGCAGGGUGGUCCUACGGGACCGAAUGCUCUAAACCUGAGCAAUAGUCGACUAGAAACGAAAUCGCCCCAGAACAAUCAUCACCAUCCUCCCCAUAACUCCAGUUCUCAGCCGCACCAGCAGCAUCAACAGCACCAACAACAGCAUCAGCAGCACCAACACCAGAAGCAACAACAGCACCAGCAGCAACUUCAGCAUCAGCAAAACCAGCAGCGUAUGUCCCGGCUAAGUGCGUCUUCGUUGCCUUCCCACCAAGGUCGGAAAGCCCAUUCCCCCGGAGGUAAGCGUCAAUGGGGAUCUCUGCCAGCAAAUCUAGGGACGCAAUUUAUCAAUCCCGUAACGGGUAAGAAACGCGUCCAGUGCAAUGUUUGCCUAAAGACAUUCUGCGACAAGGGGGCUCUGAAGAUCCACUUCUCUGCGGUUCAUCUGCGCGAGAUGCACAAGUGUACUGUGGAUGGUUGUAGCAUGAUGUUCAGCUCAAGGCGAUCCCGCAAUCGUCAUAGCGCCAAUCCAAACCCAAAGCUUCAUUCUCCGCAUCUGAGAAGAAAAAUUUCCCCACAUGACGGCCGUAGUGCUCAACCCCAUCCCCUGCUGCUGCAGCCUCCAAAUGGUCUCAUGGCUGGUGCACUUAAUCCUCUCAAUCCAUUUGGAAGCUUUCCACUUCUCACUCCCCCACCAGAUAUGCGUCAUCACCAAAUGCCCGGCAUGGACCUCAAACACAGUCAAGACUUCCUUCACCGAUCAUACAUGGACAAUGCAAUGUUGGGACGGUACGACGGUCGAGGUCAUCCUGAAGGACUCAAGCAGCACUCGCAUCAUAUGGAAACCCAUCCGGAAGAUCUUGAUGAUGACGACGACGAUGAUGACGAUCAUGAUGAUGAUCAUGUGCUGGAUGACGACGACGAUGAUGAUGGGGAAGGAGGAAUCGUCGUAGUGGGCGAGGAGUCUGAUAAUAUCCUCGAUAAGACCGUUUCGGAUGACUAUGUGACUGAGGGUGAGGAUCAACCGACCGAUUUCAGUCUUACCAAAGAUUCAAAGUCAUCCGAUGUGGAUUACGAUGUGGACAAUCAUAGCAACACCGACGACUCGCUCAGCAUAGCUGACUCGUCUUAUGGUGUUGGCAAGGAGGAGUACGACAAUUCGAUGGCUGCAACUGUCGGAAUGAGUGGAGGCGCCGAGAGUGUCGACAGAGAAGCAGGGGCUAAUGCAGGUGGAGCUGGGAAUAAGCGAAAGCGAAAAAGUCAAAACCCUGUUCGUUGCACUCUGCAGUCCUUGGACAAUUCCUGUGAUAAUUCGUUGGAGGAGUUCGAUGUAGCCGAUCUCUCUUUGAAACCUCAAGCAGCUCCAAUUCCUGAAGCAGACGAAGAGGCUUCUGAAAACCCAACCCUUGAUUUGUCGAAGAGACCACGCAAAUCGGAAAGUCCAAUGUCAGCAACGAACUCGGAAACAUCAAAGGUUCUACCAUCACCACCGCUCACUCCUUCGACGUCGUUUAAUGGCACCGAGAGUGGUAAUCAAUCGAGGCUAAAGCUGGAAGAUGGUGAAACACGUGAAGCUCAAAAUCUCACACUUGAUCUCUCAGCGAGGAAAAAACCAGCCGACGAGGUUAUCAAACAGGAACCCCCAGAAACUGACGAAACCGAAGCCGAAAUCGAGACUGGACUAGAAACUGAAAUUGAAACAGACGCAGAAACAGUAGUUGUGUCUGAAGUUCCAGUGGUUAAGCAAGAACCCAUUGAUGAGCAGGUCUUCAACAAUAACAACAACAACAACGAUGAAAAUAAGAACGAACAACACCUGCCAACACCACCACCCGCUCUCUACCCUGGCCCUGGCACGGAAUGCGAACAGGAACCACCGAACUACGAGGACUUUAUCGAAGAAGAAGAUGUACCCAUCGAUAAGGACAAUCCACUGCGGUGCACUGCGUGCGGUCGUGUCUUCCAAAAUCACUUCAGUCUUCAAACACAUUAUCAAAACAUCCAUCUCAAGCUCCUGCACAAGUGCAACAUUGAUGGCUGCAAUGCUGCUUUCCCUUCAAAGCGAAGUCGAGACCGACACAGUUCUAACUCGAAUCUCCACCGGAAGCUUUUGUCCACGGGCAACUCAGAUGACAAUGGGGACGAAACAACCACUUGCAAUAACAACAAGCCUUUUGGUGGCCUGCCUCCGACUAUUCAAGCUGAAUUCUUGGCCCGUCUUUACGCCGGAUCUCAUGGCAUGCCCACUAUGAACUUUGCCGACGCCCUAAAGGGCCAUUUCCCGCAGAGCAAUGCACCCGGUUUCCCUCCCGAAAGCUGGAUGGGCAACGAUCCCCGACUAUUCCACAACCCCCUUGCGCUAUUUCAUGGUCUGCCAGGUCUACCAGGCUUCCCACCUCUUUCGGCGCAUCUCCUCUCAGCUUCCCCCUUCAAUGGCCUUAACUUGUUCAGCCGACGACCAUCUUCGGACUCACACUCUCCGCACUCUAUAACUUCUCCGCCAGCUGCCUCGCCAGCUAGUGUUACCAAUCAUCCUCCACUAAGGCAACCCCCAGCUGGCCCAUACUCUAUGCCACUAGACGAAGAUCGCACCUCCCUGUCGCCGGGAAGUCGGGACACCCUCGCAUCGAACACCCAUCACCCGACUCCUCCCGACCGAGUAUCAUGACCGUACCCCGAGUUUAUGUCGUAGUGGUCCUGGACCUGGUAAUCGGGACCGCAAUCGGAUCAUGAAUCCUUAAUCAAUAUGGUGCAAUAAAGUUAAAUCCAACGAGAGGCCGUUUCACAGAAUGCUCAUCAUAUCAAACCGCAACGUAUCGUAGCUUCUUCCCGUAGAACUAACCUCAAUAUCCUUCUUGUAUUAUAUAAACCUCUUAGCUAAGAAAAGAAUUCGCUGUAUAGAAAUAAAAUCUAAAAAAAUAAAAAUACUCGUCAGUGUAGUAACCGUUAUUUUGUAUCCUUAAAAUUUGUUUAUAUUAAAUUAAGUAUAUCCUUUUUAGUUCUUUUUGUGCAAAAAUACAAUACGUAUCUUCAACCUUAAAAGUAUUAAACAAAACAAAAAUAAAAACUAAACAAAAAGAAAACAAAUAUUAAGCAUACGAAUGCAUUUCCUGUCAUUAUGACCCUAAUCACAUUUAUAGAUACAAAUUAAGAUUUUAAUUAUGUUUUUCACAAUUUUUUCAGUUAGGAUAUUAUUAUGUAUAUGUAUGUAAGAAAUGUUUUAUUUGGACCUCAUUAUAUAGUAAAAUAAAAAUAAUAAAAAGAAUUUAUAUAUAUAUACAAUUUAAAAAAGAAAAUAUUAAACAAAAAAAAGUGAGAGAUAUUUUGACGUUUUACCUACGUUUGUUUUUAUGUACGAAAAUUAGUUUUUAAAAAUAUAUAUAUUUUAUUUUUAGUUUAUGUGUAUAUUUUUUAAAGCAUUCACAAUAUAUUAUAUUUAAUAUAAAUUCAUUGGAAUUU